GCGGCGUGGUCGUCAUCACCGCGCGCCAGCCUCCCUGGGAGGCCCCCUUCCCCCAAGAUGGCGAUGCUGGCAGAACCACGCAGGAAGCAGAAGUGGUCUGUGGAUCCGCGGAACAGCGCUUGGAGUAAAGAUGAAUCUAAAUUUGGCCAAAAGAUGUUGGAAAAAAUGGGGUGGUCAAAAGGCAAAGGUCUUGGAGCUCAGGAGCAAGGCAACACCGAACAUGUCAAGGUCCAACUGAAGAACAACACUCUGGGCUUAGGAGCAGCCGCCAACCAAGAGGACAACUGGAUCGCCCAUCAGGAUGACUUCAACCAGCUUCUGGCAGAGCUGAACAACUGCCACGGACAAGACACCCCAGAGGCUGCGUCCAAGGAUGAGAAAAGAACCUUUAGCCUGGAGGAGAAAUCUAAGAGUGCCCGGAAACGAGUUCAUUAUGUGAAAUUUGCCAAAGGAAAAGAUCUCUCCUCCCGAAGCGAAGAUGACCUGUCUUGCAUUUUUGGGAAACGGCAAGCCAAGAAAACACAGGCAAAUCCUGGAAGGCUUUAACCCUGUCCCAGAAGCGUCCGUACGUGGAAGAGGCCGAGAGGCUUCGGGUGCAGCACAUGCAAGACUA